AUGUCGGAGAUCCCCGCUGACGCACAGGAUAACCGCACGGUGCCAGCCGCAGCAGCCUCGGUGUCUUACAGCUUUCCCGCGCUCAUCUUCGGGGUUUUACUGAUCGUCGCGGUCACCUGUGGGAAUGUUCUGGUCUGUGUCAGUGUGUACGUGGAGAAAGCGCUGAAAACCACCACCAACUACUUCAUAGUCAGCCUGGCGUUCGCAGACCUGCUGCUGGCGCUGCUCGUCCUGCCGCUCUUCGUUUACGCAGAGUUUCAGGGCGGGGUUUGGUCCCUGAACAUGCUGAUGUGUGACGGCCUGAUGACCAUGGACGUGAUGCUGUGUACGGCCUCCAUAUUCAACCUGUGUGCCAUCAGCGUGGACAGGUUCAUCGCCGUGUCCAUUCCUCUAAACUACAACCGUAAACACGUGGAUCACCGUCAGCUCAUCCUCCUGGCAGCGACCUGGCUGUUGGCCCUCGCCGUGGCCUCUCCCGUCGUCUUCGGCAUCAACAACGUGCCCGACCGCGAUCCCUCGGAGUGUAAACUGGAGGACAACAACUACGUGGUCUACUCCUCCGUCUGCUCCUUCUUCAUCCCCUGUCCCAUCAUGGUCUUCCUCUAUGUGGGGGUCUUCCGGGGCCUGCAGCGCUGGGAGGAGGCUCGAAGACUCAAACUGCGCAGCAGCAUCGAGGCCUGCAGGAAACUGCAGCACGCCGCCAUCGCCGCGGCCCUACCCCCGCUGGCCGGCACCAUCCCCGGGCCCCUGCCGAUGCCGCUGCCCCGGAUCAUCGAGAGGGACCUGGCCCAGUGUCGGCUGGACGACACGGACGACGACAUGCAGCAGGAGAUCCCAUACCCUCGACAGUACCGGGAGAACUCGGUCCCCACGCUGACGCUCAGCGAACAGCUGAGCAGGAAGAAGAGCGCCAAGAUCAACAACCGGGAGAGGAAGGCCAUGAGGGUACUACCUGUCGUAGUGGGUUGCUUCCUGUUCUGCUGGACGCCCUUCUUCGUGGUUCACACGACGAGAGCCAUGUGUCUGACCUGUGAAAUCCCCCACGGUCUGAUGAGCACCGUCACCUGGCUGGGCUACGUCAACAGCGCCCUCAACCCCAUCAUCUACACCAUCUUCAACACCGAGUUCAAGAAGUUCUUCAGGAAGUGUUUCCGCAGCUGCUGCUGA